UCUCUGUCUUUCUGGUGAGCGCACGUGCCCUGUAGCAAAAACCUCUCCAAAAAGAAGAAAAAAAUGGACCAGAGCUGUGGGGACAAAGAGCAGGGAGUCAGGGUGAGAGUCAGGGCUAUGGGGAAGAGACGAGAACGGUGGGCCUGGACAUCCAGCUCAGUGACUGAGGGGCCGAGGGCCCUUCCCAGACAUGGCAAACCUGGAAGGUUCUGGAGCGCAGAGCCAGGAGUUCGUGACCCACUGCUGCAGAGGACAGGAGGCCUUGGCCCAGACAUGGGGAACAUGGAAGUUUCUGGAGCAUAGAGUCAGGAGUUCGUGACCCACUGCUGCAGAGGACAGGAGGCCUCGGCACUAAGGUCAUGAGCAGUUGGCCCCUCUUACCCCGGCCCGGCGUGGGCAGAGGGCCCGGCCCCAGCCGGCUGCAUUGGGCCCUGCAGAGCGUGGAGGGCGAGCAGCACGAGAAGGCGGUGGAGCUGCUGAAGGCUGCCCAGGGCUCCGUGAAGCUGGUGGUGCGCUACACCCCGCGGGUGCUGGAGGAGAUGGAGGCCCGGUUUGAGAAGAUGCGCUCGGCCCGGCGGCGCCAGCAGCACCAGAGCUACUCGUCCUUGGAGUCGCGAGGCUGAAACCACAGAUCAAGACCCUCACCCUCUCCCCUGUACAGUAUUUAUUGUCAUUGGCUUCUUAUUUAAAGAUCUUUGUCCCUCAA